AUGGGCGCGGCAACAAAGACUCCAUUCAUGCGGCGGGCACCUGUAGAGGGGUUCCCCACACGUGGCAACAUAUGUGUAGCCCUGACUCUCACCUGGUGGAGGAAAUCUCACCCCUCACCCGCGAGGGAUUUCCAAUUGCCGGUACCGUCAUUGAGAGCGACUGUAGUUGACCAGUUGUUGUUGGCAGCUGUGCGUGGCGCCCAGAACAUCUGCGCAAGCACAAAUGUAUUGUUGCCCGCUGCCGGCGCCAAUUCGAUUGUUUAUAUUGUG